CUAAUUAUUUCACUUCUCGUUUUUCCAUGUCUGAUUAUUAUUAUUUUUCUGGAUCGUUUUGCAGCUUUGUGCAUGUCAAGUCCAUGUCUGAUUAUUAUUAUUAUUAUUAUUUUUCUUGAAACGUUUUGUAGGGUCCAUGUCUGAUUAUUAGUCUCUGCAACCGACUGCUUUAUGCAACAAAGGUUGUGGAUAGGAACAUGAAUUCUUCUUCUCCUCCUCCUCCUUUUGCUGCUCCCCUUCAAACAAGGCACGAUGUGUUUCUUAGUUUCAGAGGCGAGGACACACGCGAUGGUUUUACCAGCCAUCUUCACGCGGCUUUACUUCGGAACAAAAUUGAGACCUACAUGGAUCGCAGACUGGAGAAAGGAGACGAAAUUGAACCUGCCCUUCUAGAAGCAAUCGAGAAAUCGAAAAUUGCACUAGUCAUUUUCUCAGAAGACUAUGCUUCUUCCACAUGGUGUUUGAAAGAACUUGUGCAUAUACUUGGAUGCCAGAAAAGCCAUGGACAGAUUGUUAUACCCAUUUUUUAUCGCAUAGAUCCAUCAGAUGUACGAAAACAUCAGGGAACUUAUGCACUUGAAGAUAGUCCACUUAAGCGCAGUAAGGAUGAGGUGGCCAACUGGAGGGCUGCUUUGGAGGAAGCAGCCAAUAUUUCUGGGUUUCAUGAUUCAAGAAAAACAGGGACAGAGGCCGAUUUUGUUGAGGAAGUUGUUCAAGAUGUUUUGACAAAAUUGAAUCGCGAAUCGUCAAGUGAUUUAAAGGGCCUGGUUGGAAUCAAAAGCCGCAUCCAGCAAAUCGAGUCGUUAUUAUGCUUGGAUUCACCAGGUGUUUGCUGUGUAGGUAUUUGGGGCAUGGGUGGUAUUGGCAAGACCACCCUUGCUGAUGCUGUAUUUCAUAGGCAGUCCUCUAAAUUUGAUGCUGCUUGUUUUCUUGCAAAUGUUAGGGAGAAAUCAGAACAAACGGGUGGAUUAAAUCAGUUGCGAAAUGAACUUGUUCGUGAGAUAUUAAAGGACAGAGAUAUAAACAUCGGCACUCUGUCUAUAGGAUCAACUUCUAUUCGAGAUAGGCUCAGCCGCACGAAGGUGCUCAUUGUUCUUGAUGAUGUGAAUGCUCGAGAACAACUAGAAGUUCUUGUUGGUGAUCAUGAUGGGUUUUGCCAAGGAAGUCGAAUCAUUAUAACUGCUAGAGAUACAGGCCUACUUGGGCAAACAGUUGACCCUGCAAAGAUAUACAAUGUUGAGGGAUUAGGUUCUGAUGAAGCUCUUCAUCUCUUUCAUUCCCGUGCUUUCAGAAAUAAGUCUCCAACAACAGAUUAUGCUGGGUUGUCAAGAGAGGUGGUGCGUUAUAGUAAGGGCAAUCCAUUAGCUCUUAAAGUUAUGGGGUCCUUAUUCCAUCGUUGCAAGAGCAAAAAAGAGUGGGAAGCGCAAUGGAACAAAUUGAAACGAUUUCCAAGCGAAGAAAUCAAUAAAGUGUUGAGACUAAGUUACGAUGGAUUAGAAGAAAAUGAGAAGGAGAUGUUUCUUGAUAUAGCUUGUUUUUAUAAAGGCUAUUUGAGGAAAAGGGUAGAAAGAAUGUUAGAUUGUUGUGAUUUCUUUGGGGAAGCGGGAAUCAAUGAUCUUAUUGAUAGGUCUCUCAUAUCAAUUUCAAAAGAAGGGCGGUCAGAAGGAGAAAUAGAGAUGCAUGAUUUGGUGCAAGAAAUGGGUAGGGCAAUUGCUAGAAAACAAGGCAGUAGGUUGUUCAAUGAUGAGGAUGUCUAUCAAGCGUUGACAAAUAACCAGAGAGAUGGAGAUGUUCAAGCCAUAUCCUUUGACUUGUCUAACAGUGAAAAACUACACUUGGAGUUGGAACAUGCAAACUUCGAAAAGAUGUAUCAACUGAAAUGGCUACGUGUCCGUUCUUCUCACAAUUCUCGCAUUGGUUCUCUUGAUCUUCCCAAUUCUCUUGGAUAUCUUAACUGGUUCCCAUAUCCUUUGAAAUCUUUGCCAUCAAAAUUUUCUGCUCAAAAUCUUGUUUACCUUGAAAUUGUGAACAGCGAAGUUGAGGGGCAACUUUGGAAUGAAGACCAGAGUCCAGUGAAUUUAAAACGGAUCAGGCUUGCUUACUCCAACUAUCUAACUGAAGUUCCAAAUCUCUCUCGGAGUCUAAAAAUUGAGCAUAUAGAUUUGGAUGGCUGUCAAAGUUUGGUUGAAAUUCCUUCGUAUUUUCAACAUCUUGGCAAGCUUACUUAUCUUAACCUUGAGCAAUGCAUAAAUCUCAAAAAUCUUCCCGAGAUGCCAUGCAAUCUUGAAUUCUUAAAUUUAAGUAACACAGCAAUAGAGGAAUUGCCUUCAUCAGUUUGGUUUCACGAAAAAAUAUCUCACUUAGAUAUUGGAUCUUGUAGAGACCUUAAGAGCUUACCUGCAAGCAUCAAACAAGCUGCUCAGCUGUCUCGCCUGUGCCUAAGCUGGUGCACGAAGCUUGAAUCUUUACCAGAGCUCCCCCCAUUGCUGCAAUGUCUUGAAGCACAUGGUUGCAUUUCGCUGAAGACAGUGUCAAGUUCAAGCACUGCAAUCACACAAGGUUGGGAAGAAUAUAUAUUUUCUAGAAGGCUUCAUGAGAAACAUAUAUUUUAUCAUUGCCCAAAGUUGGAUGAGAAUGCACGAAGCAACAUAAUGGGUGAUGCACAGCUCAGAAUUAUGCGAAUGGCAAUUGCGUCGUCAAAGUUUAAAGAAGACAAAAUUGAAGAAGCAUAUGAUUCCUAUUAUGCAGAUCAAUCAAAUCAAUAUAAGGAAUUUUUUGGCAAGAGAUCUUUUGUUGCCAUUAGAUGUUGGGGCUAUGAAAUUCCAAAUUGGUUCAGCCAUAAAAGUGAGGGAUGUUCAAUAAAGAUUGAGCUUCCUCGUGAUUGGUUUAGCACAGAUUUCUUGGGUUUCGCUCUAUCUCUUGUUGCUGUUACUACACAUUAUUAUACGGAGGUUGGGUGCAAGUACAACUUCAAAACUAGUAAUGGUGAAAGCCAUGAAGUCAACCAUCCUUUUUGUAAUCCGCUCACGAAAGGAGGACGCAGAGAUUCACAUGACGUGUUUGUGUGGUGGUAUAAUAAUGUCUUUGAAGAAGUUGAAAAGGGAGCUGAAAGCCCCACUGCGUUUUACAAACUUGUUACUGAGGUCAAAGUUGACUUCACCGUACGGAGUCGUAAUGGCUUUAUGGAGGAGGAGGAGGAGGUGGAGGUGAAAAAGUGUGGGAUAUGUGUGUUGUAUGGCAAAGAUGCGGAGAUGAUAAAGCAGAGGGCUUUGUAUGCCCAAGAUUUCUAAAUUCAAAAUUUCAUUUUAUUUGAGCUUUGCAAGACUUGUGGCUGAGGAUGCUGUUUAGUUUGUCACGCCCCAUGUAAUAUUCAAGUAUUAAAUUAUUAAAAGUCAACAGUAUUAAAUUUUAUAUCAAAGUGGAUUUCUGCUUCAA